AUGUGGUGCGACAACUGUCUUCUCGUCUUUCCCCUGCGCACAGGCGCCAUGGUCUGGAACGUCUUCAUUGCCGCCUACAACCUAGCAGGCUCGAUUCUCCUCUUCAACAAGGGACAGUUCCUCUUCUUCAACUACCCCGAAUACCAGAUCUACGGUGGUAUCGGUAUGGCCGUUAUGGCCAUUUGUGUCCUCACAACCAUCGGUAUGGCUAACAACUCGUACAUGUUCAUGCGCCUCUGCUUCUUCGUCUGGCCCAUCAUCCUUAUCGUUGUAGCCGUACGUGCCGGCUUCAUGAUCUUCCAGCUCGACAGGCAGCAAUCCAAAAUUAUUUGGUCCUGCAACAACGGAGGUCAGCAGUGGGGAACGGCAGGAGAAGCUAGCUCGAGCGCAGAUACCAUGCCCUCUGGGCUAUGCUCGGCUGGAUUUCAUAGCUUGUACAUCGCCUUUGUCUUCUCACUCGCCAUCGACUUGGCGCUCCAGGUCUACGCCUACUUUAUGUGUUGGCGCUUCAAGAAGAGAAUCGAGCACUACUACGCCCUCGCCACCAAAGAGCAGAAUAUCUACAGCUUCUAG